CUCCCCCCACGCCCAUUCGCCUCGUGCGGGCUCGCGGAGUUGGGUCACCGUCGGCGAGCGGCGUCGUGUGGUGGAGGAAGGUGUCCCGGGACCGUCGGGGGCCGGCUCGCUGGAGGAGGAGUGUCCAUGAGGAGAGUCUCACCUCCUUGAAGAUUAAAGCCUGGUGGUCCUGAACUAUUCCCAGUCCAAAUGUCUGCAAAAUUGAGAGAGUCGUCAAAACUCCUUCCACGAACUUCUGAGGACCCUGACUGCAUUCUGGUGGUGAAGAUGGAAGAGGGAGGGCAGGCCGGCAAUACGGUCUCUGGCCGCCACUGGAGCAGCUUCUAUAGCUCAGAGACCUACCGCCAGCGGUUCAGGCAGUUUGACUACCAGGAAUCAUCUGGGCCCCGGGAGGCCCUGAGCCGGCUCCGCGAGCUGUGCUGUCAGUGGCUGAGGCCGGAGGUGCACACCAAGGAGCAGAUCCUGGAGCUGCUGGUGCUGGAGCAGUUCCUGGCCAUGCUGCCUGAGGAGCUGCAGGCCUGGUUUCAGGAGAACCGGCCAGAGAGUGGAGAGGAAGCCGUGGUGAUGCUGGAGGAGCUGGAGGAAGAGCAUGAUGGGGAGGUGGAACAGGUCUUCUUCGGGCAAAAUGAAGACAUGCUUGCAAAGAAGCUACCAACUUGUGAGAUCACUCAGGAGACGCCACGUAGCCAGCUGAAGCCCACAAAAAAGCAGCUGCCAUGGGCAUCGAAGGAGCUUCACUCCUUAAAGCAAAACGAUAAAGACACCGGAGCUUUAAAUGUGAAAUCAGCUUCAAGGCAAAAGACUUCUUCAGGCAAAGAACCACAUUACAAAGUUUCUAACACCCUUCAUGUGAAUGCUUCCCAGAGUUUCACAUUUAGAGGAUCCUGUGAACAAGAGAGAAAGUCUGAAAGAAGACAAGGAAGCCGUCCUCGAAAAAAACAACACAAGUGUGAUGAAUGUGGCAAAGUCUUUAGUCAGAGCUCAGCCCUUAAUCUACAUCAGCGAAUCCACAGUGGAGAGAAACCUUAUACAUGUGACGUGUGUGCAAAGGCUUUCAGCCGGAGUGCAGUCCUGAUUCAGCAUCGACGAAUCCACACUGGAGAAAAACCCUUCAAAUGUCACGAAUGUGGGAAAGCCUUUAGUCAGAGCUCAAACCUCUUCCGACACAGGAAAAAGUCUCAUCAGUGUUAUGAGGGAAUCAAAGCAUUUACUGAGAACUUUUUCAACAGGGGAGAAGACACAGGCACCAAUACUCCAUGCAAAAUAUGAGAAUGGGAUUGAGGAGACCCAAAAGAAUAUGUAGCUGAAGACCUAGGCUGAAAUGUCCAGGGUCCUUGUUAGGAAGCAGGUGAGUAAAGGAACUUUACUCAUCUCUUAUGAAAACUCACCAGAACCCACAUACUGGGUGUUUUUUUUUUCCAAUUUUUAAGUUGAGAUAUAGUUGAUGUACAAUAUUAAGAACCUACAUAUUGUUAAUGAUACUAAAUAAUUUCCUGUGUAGGAAAAAAUAAUCUCCUUUACAAUUUAUAUUGUAAAUAAUCUCGGUGAAAGCAUUAAGGUGGCUCGGCAUGUCUUCAGGGAGUGGCCUAAACACAGUGAAUGUUCUGAUAACGACCAGUGCUAUCUGUGGGUGCUUGUAUAAAGCUGAUGAUCACUUUAACAUAAAGAAACAAGGGAGAUGAAGAAAAGUCUGUCCAAACAAGACUGACGUUACCCAAAUAUUGGCAAGUGCAGCAUGUAAUAGAGAAGACUACACCUUACCUGGAAAUGGGAACCCUUAACAGCUCUCAUGACUGUCCUUCAGCGUUCUUCAUGUCCCCUGUUCUGGCAUAAAUCAGCUGUGAACAUGUUUCAGGCAUCACAAGACAACCUUUACAGGGUCUUAUGCAGUUUUAGUGAGAUGAAUUUCUGGACAGCCUAUCAUGACAUAAGACCCUGGAUUUUGGUGCUUUUAUACAAAUGAGGAAAUCAAUAAAGUUCAAUGUCCAUUGAGUUUUACCCACAUUUAAUUCAAUCAGAUUCUCUGUUUAAAAAGUAAUUAGAGGAAGGUAUAGCUCAAGUGCUAGAGCACAUACUUAGCAUGCAUGAGGUCCUGGGUUCAAUCCCUAGUACCUCCAUUGAAAAAGCAAAUAAAUAAAUCUAAUUACCUCCCCCCUGCAAAAAUAAAAUAAAUAAAAAUUAAAACUAGAUAAAUAAAUAGACAGACAGAAAUAAACCUAAUUACCUCCAGCCCCGCAAAAAAAGCAAAAAAUAAGUAAACAGUAAAUGAUGGUAUGUUUUUAAAAUUAUUCUAACAGUCUAUAACAUCAUGUCCCCUCCUCCAGGGAUCCUUGAUAAACUUCUGUAUGUAUUAUAACAAUACAUGGAUUAUUGUGUCUCUCACAGUGCCUCAGUUACCCAAUAUGGAACCAUGGGAAGUGAAGGUCCUUAGAAGAAGGGAAAAGAGGGCUCAUGGUGAACUAAAUUCCUCAAGAAGUGUAAACAUUUCGUUAUCAGAAAAUCCACCCAUAUCUAGUGCUUGGAGUAACUCCAGAAACAAAUGAGGGAUUAUGUGCUCUGCUUAGUUAGAAUUAUGCUAAAUAUUAGAUUAGUAAGGGGAGAGGUGAAUACAAAUUUUAAUUUUAGAAUUUUCUGAUAGUGAUUAUACUUUGUAGCUCUAGCAAAUAUGAAUAUAUACUGGGUUUUGUAUAUUCCCAUUUAUUAAAAAUGUAGACAUUCUUGUUAUUUGGGUCUCAUUCUCUUUGUAAUUAAAGAGAGGAACAAGCCAUCUAUUAAAGCAGCAAAUGCCUCAAGAGAUGUGUAUUGUGAAUUACUGCUUAAUCAUGGAAAAAGGUUUUUGGUACCAUGUGAAUAAAAUGACAGAAUCUAAAUCAA